AUGUUCUCGCAAAUAUGUCGAAGGAGUCGAACGCAUAUUCAGAUUAGGGGUUUGCAUAAAGAGCGAUAUCAGUCAUUCGUUCCCCAUAAUAUUCUUCGAAAAUCAGAAGAUGUGGGUGUGCGGCCAGGUGGUGAAGAAUUUACAGUUGUGAACCCUGCAAACAACGAGGUGCUUUGCACCGUCCUAUCACCGUCCUCAGAAGAUGUAAGAAAGGCGGUAACUCACGCUCAUGAGGUUUACAUGUCUGGAGUCUGGUCAAAAUCAUCAGCAAUAUUUCGUUCUAAAGUCCUCUCACGUCUGGCAUAUAUGCUGGAGAAUCAGAUUCCCGACAUAGCUCGCAUAGAGGUCUUGCAAACAGGUAGAGCCAUACGAGAAAUGAAUGCUCAGAUGAGUAGACUCCCUGAGUGGCUCCAUUAUUAUGCCGCAUUACUUCGGACCCAUCAGGGUUAUGUGGCCCCUACUCAAGGAAAGCUACUAAAUUAUGUUCAGCGAGUACCUCUCGGUGUGGUUGCACAGAUAACUCCAUUCAACCACCCAUUGUUUAUUGCUAUGAAAAAGAUAGCUCCAGCUCUCGCUGCCGGUAACAGUGUCAUAGUGAAACCAUCAGAGCUUGCGCCCAUCUCGGUUCUUGAAUUUGCUGAGAUGGCAGCUGAAGCCGGGGUUCCUUCUGGCGUUCUCACAGUCCUUCCUGGUUUUGGGCCUACUACAGGAAAAGAACUGGUUUCGCACCCUUUGAUCCGCAAAGUUGACAUUACUGCUGGUACAUCGACGGGCAGAGCUUUAGGAGGCGUUGUUGGCUCAAAUCUUGCUUCCUACACUGCCGAGCUAGGAGGGAAAGCUCCAAUUCUCGUGUUUGAUGACGCAGAUGUACAGUCCGCCGUUAACGGUGUUGCAUUUUCGGCAUUUAUCGCCUCAGGGCAAACAUGUGUUUCGGGGACGCGAAUUAUCGUCCAGGACAAGAUCUACGAUGCUUUCAUGACCGGGUUUCUCGGCAAAGUCGAAAGCAUCGCGAACAGUAUGGGAGAUCCUUCUAACCCAUUAUGCUCAAUGGGGUCCAUCAUUUCUCAUCGCCAUCUUGAGCGUAUCGAGCGUAUGGUCGAUUCACGGACCAAUGGCACUAUCUUGGCUGGUGGUAAAAGGAUGGUGGGCAGAUCUUUACUGGAUGACUUCGAUUUCUCCCGUGGCAGUUUCUUCGCGCCCACGGUUAUUUCGGAAGUCGACACCAAAGACGAACUCUGGCAAGAAGAGAUAUUUGGCCCAGUAGUGGCGGUCGCAAGAUUCUCAGACGAGGCCGAGGGGGUUGCCUUAGCCAAUGCAUCUAGAUAUGGUCUUGGAGCAGGUAUAUGGACGACAAACUUGUCUCGGGCACAUCAAGUGGCAGCCGACAUCGAGUCUGGCCUUGUUUGGAUUAAUGCUCACCACAGGAAUGAUCCUAGCUCUCCUUGGGGUGGCAUGAAAGAGAGCGGGAUUGGCAGGGAGAAUGGAAUUGAGGCUUUGGAGUCAUAUUCUCAAAGUAAAUCUAUUAUUGUGAAUACAGCCAGCUCUGAGGAAACUAGGCAAACCGAUGAUUGGUUUACUGAAAGCGGAGAUACAAAGCGGUAUGGAUGA